AUGGUACUUGUUUUAACUGAUGAAACAAUAUGUAUGCAUGUCACCGUUUACAGGGCCCUAUGUCCAGCACAAUUGGCAGUCGUGCUUCUUAGCCAGAUCAUAUUUGCUUUUUUUUUUACCACCGACGUCGCCUUCUGCCCCUACGGCCACCACUGGCGCCAGGUCAAGAAGAUCGCCACCACGCACCUCCUCACCGCCAGGAAGGUCCGCUCCUACCGCCACGCGCGGGAGCACGAGGUCAGGCUCGUCGUCGCCAAGCUCCGCGGCGCGGUCGGCGCCGGCGCCCCCGUCGACCUCAGCGACAUGCUCAGCGCCUUCGCCAACGACGUCGUCUGCCACGCCGUGUCCGGCAAGUCCUUCCGGAAGCAGGGCCACAACAAGCUCUUCCGGGAGCUGGUGGAGGCCAACUCCUCGCUCAUCGGCGGCUUCAACCUCGAGGACCACUUCCCGGCGCUGGUGAAGCUGGACAUCAUCAAGAGGAUGGUGUGCGCCAAGGCCCGGAGAGUGCACAAGAUGUGGGACGACCUGCUUGAUAGCCUCAUCGACCACCACGCCAGCAAGCCGGCGUCAGAACGCGGCGGCGAGGACCACCAUGGCCACUCCUCGCAUCUGUCCACCACGGCAGUUGUUGAUGAAGUGGGCGGCGGCAGAGAGGUCAAGAAAGAGCAGUGA